UUUUUUUUGGGUCUACAUUGGUUUCACAAUAAUUUUUUUUUUUAGAUAUUUGAAGGAAAAGCAUAUAGACUAUAGUACCCUUGAAUUGAUGUUGUUAAUUGUUCCCAAGCUAAUAUUAACAAGAAUGUGGAUAAGAUUGCUGCUAGGCGGAGGGAAAGGGGGUAUUUUACUAAUACACCCGAAUACAAGCAUCUAGCGUACAGGAUGGGCUCAAAAUAUAUAUUUAGGGAAGGUCAUGUCAAAGGUAUAGCAAGUUUCUUUGGAAAUUUUUAGCAAUUGGUUCUAGCUUUGAGUUAGUUGUCUUUGCCAAGUAAUAUGAAUAAUUUCAUAAUUUUUCCUGCAGAAACAUGUCUUCUAGUGGAUUGACUGGAAACAUAUCAGAUUCUUUUGAUUUGCUUGAUGCCUCUGAGUACUUGUAAGGAUUUUGCCUGUUGUCCUGUUGUUUAAAGCUAGUUGGUUUUGGUGUUAAUUUACAGAGACCGUCAUAUUUUCUUGGUAAAUUAUGGUGUCUUUUAGUAAGUUACUUUUGGUGUUAAUUUCCCCAUGUUCUCUUGACAAGGAAAAUACAUUAUGACAGAAUCAGUUAGAUCUGCUAUGGACUUCUUUUAUCUGUUAUGUUAUAUUUUAGGGACUUGUCUGACAAUAUUUUAACCGGGGAAGUACCUGAUUUUCUCAAGAAUCUAACAUCUCUCAAAGUUUUGAAUUUGACUGGUAACAAUUUUACUGGAUCAAUUCCCAGUUCUCUUCUCAAAAGAUCAGAAGAGGGUUCACUUAUCCUAAGGUUCACCAACCACACAAUUCCAGGCAACACUGAGAGUAAAAAGAAGAUGAACACACUUGUUAUUGUGGUUAGUUGUUGUGCUGUCCUUGGGUUGCUAUUGAUUCUUAUGCUGGCUGGAUGGUUUUUUUGGUUGAGAAAAGGGGGAAAAGUUUUGGUUGCAUCGAAUGUGACACGGCAUAUUGAAGCAACCAUAGCUCAGAAAACUGAACAUGGACCACAUCUGCAAAUUGACGGUGGGAAAUUCACUUUCAAUCAUCUGCAAGUAAUUACUAACAACUUUGCUCAAGUCAUUAGGAAAGGAGCUUUUGCAUCAUUCUAUCUAGGCCAUUUGGAUGGACUCAAGUUGCAGUCAAAGUGCAUUCACGAUUUACUUCACAGCAGACCCGAGAAUUUGAAUUUGAGGGAAAAGGAUAAAGUCUUCAAGUCUGAUGAAAAUUUGCCAACUGAGGACCAUGCAGAACAGGAAUAUGCACCUUUAACAGAGGAGAGCAAGGAUACGGAAGGCACAACCAAUGAGACUGAAGAAAAGGAAAAGGAUAAGGAGAUGACUUUGGAAGAAUAUGAGAAAAUAAAAGAGGAGAAAAGAAAACGCUUACUUGCUCUGAAAGCUGAGGAGAGGAGUGGAAGGUUGAAAUCGACCAGGAUGUACAGGCAAUGCAGUUGCUGGCAACAAAAAAAGAAAUGGACCCUAUGUUUUUUGUUAAGUUGGGUUCUGACAAGGAUAUAGGGAAAGGAAAAGACAAUGCUGAUCGCAAUGAAAAGAGCAGAAAGCCCUUGAGCAUGAAUGAGUUCUUCAAGACUGGCGAUGGCAAACGGUACUACAGUUCAGGUGGCCGAGGACAGGGAAGAGGACGGUGCACCUUUCGGUAGUGGUUUUGGAGUUAGGGACACAAACUAUAUCACCAAAGCCCCUAUAGAAUAUAGAAAGCGCAAGCUGUAUAUAUUUAAAAUAUUCUAUUUUUGGUAAUAUAAAAUAUACUAUAAUAUUAUUUCUUGUAAGACAAGAAAUCCUCUUGUAUAUGUACCCAUCUUAUGGGAUGAAUCGAGUAAUAGAAUAAAAAAUAUUA